GAGGCCAUAACAUCGUAGAGGAUGAUGUCUUUCCGCUUCAAAAUAAAAUACCUGCCUGCACUUAUUAAAUAGAGAAUUAAAAAGAGGCUACACUGUUUUCUAUCACGUAGGAGGAUCAGAAUGGGAUACAGUUUUAAGCGCCGGAAAAACUAGGAAGUGAAUGUUGAGUUUACAGUUUUUAGCAGAUAAAGUAAAAAGCUUUAAAUUAAGGGUCAUUUUUUUGUUACUGUCGGUAAAUUGUUUUAUUUUUCAUGCCACUCUGAUACGUUUAACUGUCAAAUAUCAUGAACAUAUAUGGUAAAUUCUCAUUACUAUGGAGUCCCAAAGUGUUCUAUAUCAGUUAUUAAACAAACACGAACGUAUGAACUAUAAAAGCACAUUAAUUAAAACAACCAUGACAAUUUGAAAAAUAAAUUAUUUUAAAAUGUCUCAAAAUCAGUUUUUCCUAUCACAACUUUUUCCCAAUAAUAGUUUUAUUUCCUAAUGCUAUUGUGCCUUUAUCUCAUUUCAGACAAUUAUAUGAUUGACCCAUAUUAGUACUACUUAAUUGAAUGUAAACGCAAUGUUAGCACUCUCAGCGUUGACCUUAAUACCAUUUAGAUAAACAGCUUCUCUUAUUCUAAAAAUCUCAAACCGGAAAUACCUUUAUAAUGUCUGCUCGCUUGACAGACAGAAGUGAAACUUCCUGAUAGCGUUGGUUCACUUUUUGUAAACACACUGAACGAACGGCAGCUUGUUGUUGUUUCUGUCCGAGCUCACAGUAACGGAAAGCAGCGCUUCAAGCUCCACGAUGUCCGGGCACGGUCAUGGUCACGGGCAUGGAUGCGAGGGGGAGCACGAGCCCGCGGAGAGGGGCCUGGAGUACGGACUGUACCAGCGGAUCGACCUGGAGAAGCUGCAGUGCCUGAACGAGAGCAGAGACGGGGAUGGGAAGAUGGUGUUCAAACCGUGGGAUCGGCGGAACGAGCGGGACACGUAUGUCGAGAGUGACGCUGAUGAAGAGCUGCUGUUCAACAUCCCUUUUACAGGCAGCGUGAAGCUGAAGGGCGUCAUCAUCUCAGGGGAAAAUGACGACUCUCAUCCAGCUGAGAUCCGACUGUACAAGAACAUCCCCCACAUGUCCUUCGACGACACCGGCAGAGAACCCGAGCAGGCCUUCAGACUCAACAGAGACCCUGUUGCUGAGCUGGAGUACCCGACAAAGAUCGCUCGUUUUUCCAAUGUGCACCACCUCUCCAUCCACAUCUCGAAGAACUUCGGCGCAGAGAGCACCAGGGUCUACUACAUCGGUCUGAGGGGAGAAUACUCACAGGCUCACAGACACGAAGUGACGAUCUGUAACUACGAGGCAUCAGCCAACCCUGCAGAUCACAAAGUGGGGAGCAUCAUCCCUCAAACCAACUUCAUUUCCUGAAGAAGCGUCAGAGAGUCGGAAGGAAAACAGGCGGGAAGAGAGGUUUCUUUGGCGUCUGCUGGCUGUCAUUGAUGCAAAAAUUCUUCAGAGGAGUUCGACGCUGCGUAGCGGCAGGCUGGUUGAGCCUCCACCGGUGACUUGAGCGCUGUACUCUGAAGACCAGAGAGCUCCAGGUGUGUCUGUAAGUGCCAUGUUGUUGCUCUGUUUUCUAUGGCAGUAAAGAGUGAAGGCUUAAUGUGGGCAAAAAGCUUAAUAAUAAAUGCAUGAAACAUUUGAUAAUCAAAUAAAGUCUGUUGUUAUCAGUUAAAGCUGCAUUCUCUGAUUCAUGUCUGAAGAUAUCCACCACUUCAAUAAAGUGACAGCUGCUUUUAAACAAAACACAUAAUAAACCAAGUGAUGUUACUCUUUGAUUGAUUAAAUGACUUUGGUCGCCAUGUUUACACAAUGGAUUCGUAGUUGGCUUCACGCAAUGAUUUUUAGGUGUGAAAAAUGUAAAGAAACAUCAUUUGCUCUCAAAAAUCUUCAGGAAGAAAUAUAAACGGUCAGAAAAUACAAAAACAUGUUCUUAAAAGCCUAUAAAUUAAUAUAUUUCCAAUAAAACUACAUUAUUUGCUUUUUGUAAAGCUAACACAUUGUUAACCAGUGCUGGAUAUUUCCUGCCACCUAGUGGUUUAUUAUGUGACUAUUGAAUCUUAGUGGGUCUCCCUCUAUAGGGUACAUCCCAAGUCUCUUAAUUGCAUCCCCGUUUCCCUCACUUGGGUCCUUUCCUUGCGUCUUAGUCCCUC